AUGGCUAAAGGACCUAAGUUAAUGCAGCUCUUGGCCGAUCAAAAGGCUAAGGAAAAGUUUGAAAAGGAAGAAGAGCUUAAAAAUGGCAAGAAAGCAGCUAAGUUAGUGAAACAAGAAGCUGCCGUUGUCUCUAAGGAAGACUUGGAACAGAAGGAAAAGGCCCAAGCUAAGGCAGCUGAACAGCAGGAUGCUGAAGAAUAUAAGAGUGAAGCCCUUUCGAAGAAGGAAAAGAGAAAGUUGAAGAAAGCCAUGAAACAGAUGGACAAAGAAGAUGAUGAUGAGGAAGAAGAGAAAGAGAAAGAACUCGACUUUGAUAAAUUAGCAAAGAGUGACUCAGAAUCCGAAGACGAAAGUGAAGUUGAGGAGGAAAAAGAAGAAGAAGAAGAAGAAGAAGAAGAAGAGGAGGAGGAAGAUGUUCCAUUAUCAGAAGUUGAAUUUGACUCUGAUGCAGAUGUUGUCCCACAUCACAAAUUGACAGUAAAUAACACAAAGGCCUUGAAACAUGCUUUGACCAGAGUACAGCUACCAUGGGGGAAGCACUCUUUCCAAGAGCACCAAAGUGUUACUUCUAAGGUGGAAGCCGAUGCCAGUAUUAAAGAUAUCUACGAUGACACUGAAAGAGAGUUAGCUUUCUAUAAGCAAUCUCUUGACGCUGUAUCAGAAGCCCGUGAUCACUUAAGGAGAUUAAAAGUACCAUUUUUAAGGCCAUUAGAUUAUUUUGCUGAAAUGGUAAAGAGUGAUGAACAUAUGGAUAAAUUAAAAGGUAAGUUAGUCAGAGAGGCUAGUGAAAAGAAGGCUAGAGAAGAAGCUAGAAAGCAAAGGCAAUUAAAGAAAUUUGGUAAACAAGUCCAAGUUGCUACUUUACAGAAGCGUCAACUAGAAAAGAAGGAAACUCUAGAUAAAAUCAAGAAUUUGAAGAAGAAGAGAAAACAAAGUGAAAUUUCAACCGAUGAUUUCGAUAUUGGUGUUGAAGAAGCCAUUGAUGAACCAAGAUACGGUAAGCCAAGUGCUAAAAGAGCUGCCAAGAACGCAAAAUACGGUAAAGGUGGUAUGAAGAGGUUUAAGAGAAAGAAUGAUGCAGACUCUUCUGCCGACGUCUCUGGUUUUUCACAAAGAAAGAUGAAAGGUAAGCCAUCUAGACCAGGUAAGCAUAGACGUGCUAAGAGAUUUUGA